UAUCGGAAAUGCGAUGGUGUCGGUCGGCUUAAAACGACCCUCCGUGCUCCGGUGUUCCUUAAUGCGACUGGAGCGGGUUCCACUUCUAGGCCUGGUGGUCGUCUUUUUUUCUUUUUUUGGUUUGAGCGGUAGCCUGCGUCUUCUUACUAAUUCUCCUCCGACUCUCCCUUCCUUCCUCCCUUCCCGGCCGCGGGAACCCUAGACUGGAAUGAUCGCGGCGAAGUCCGCUGAAAUCCCUAGGAACACUUCCUCCGCCGCCGCGGCGUCGGCGAAGGCUAUGCUGCCCCCCGUGGAUACCCCACCGGCGGAGGAUAUCGUGGACUCCCGAGUUCACACCUUCUGCGCGAUCCUCUCCCGCGUGUCCCUGGGCGAGGUGGAGGCCGUCCUCACGGCCUCCGGCAUCGCCCCCCUCCCCGAGCUCGUGGAGGCCGUCCUCCGCCGUUCCUACUCCAACGCCGGCGCCGCCAUCAAGUUCUUCCGGUGGUCCGGCCUCUCCCUCCGCCACUCUUCCUACGCUUGGAACCUCAUGGUCGACAUCCUUGGCAAGAACGGCCUUUUCGACGCCAUGUGGGACGCCAUCCGCUCCAUGAAGCAGGAGGGCGCCCUCUCCCUCGCCACCUUCGCGUCCGCAUUCUCCGCCUACUGCUCCGCAGGCCGCAUCAAGGAGGCCGUCAUGACCUUCGAUGUCAUGGACCGCUAUGCCGUCCCCCCCGACAUCGUUGCCGUCAAUUCCGUCAUCUCCGCCAUCUGCCGCCAAGACGGCCGCACCGCCGACGCCGCCGACUUCCUCGACCGCGUCAAGUCUCGCAUAGCCCCCGACGCCGACUCCUUCGCCAUCCUCCUCGAGGGCUGGGAGAAGGAGGGCAACGUCGCCCGCGCCAAGAGCACUUUCGGCGAGAUGGUCGUCCGCGUCGGCUGGAACACCGGUAACAUGUCGGCCUACGACGCAUUCCUGGCCACCCUCGUCCGCGGCGCACAGGCCGAGGAGGCCGUCAAGUUCCUCAAGGUCAUGAAGGCCAAAAACUGCCUCCCCAGCCUCAAGUUUUUCGCCAACGCCCUUGACAUCCUCAUCAAACAGAAUAACCACGCCAGCGCCCUCGCCCUCUGGGACAUCAUGGUCGGUGACAGCGGCCUUGUUCCCAACCUCUCCAUGUACAACGCCAUGAUCGCCCUCCUUGCUAACAAUGGCGACAUCAACUCCGCCUACCGGUUGCUUGACGAUAUGCCCUUCCUUGGUGUCUUCCCCGAUUCUCUCACCUACAACACUAUUUUUGAGUCUUUGAUCAGGAAUAAGAUGGCCCAUGAGGCCGAGAGGUUCCUCGCCGAGAUGAGGAAGAACGAGCAGCUGCCGUCGCUGACCAACUGCGCUGCCGCCAUCAAGAUGUUUUUUGACAAGUACGACCCGUCUGCUGCAAUCGAGGUGUGGAACUGCAUGGUGGAGGAAUGCACGCAACUGGACGAGGAGUGUGCUGAUGAGCUGCUCGUCGGGCUAAGGGACUUGGGCAGGUUGAGUGAGGUGAGAAGGCAUGCUGAGGAUAUGAUUGACAGGGGGAUUGUGCUGCGCUCGUCCACAAUGGAGGGACUGAAGAGUGCCUUCUACAAGGCAGGAAAGGAGGAUGCCUAUGAUCGCAUUUCAAGGAGGAUGAAGCAGCAGUAGGGCUGUGACAGUUGAAUCGAAGCAUGGUGGAUGGUCGGUAUGUCUGCUUCUCUGCUUUUGGAUUCUAUGUUAAUAUUGUAUUAAGAUGUUAUAGAUAUGAACGCAAUUGGGGAUGCAAGAAGAACAACUUUCUUUAUGGAUCCAACAUAUGCUUGUAUUGCAAUCCCUAUUUUAAUUGAAAUGAACCUAUAUACAGUUCAUUUUUGAAUGAGCCUCAAACUUCUUGUCAUUCCACCGGCUCUUUAUCAGGUUCAA